AUAGCAGUCGAAUCCAUAUAUCAUCCGAGAGUGAGAAGAAGAAGAACACCGAUCUGACAAAUUCGCCGGAGCUAGGGUUCGUUUAUAAUCACUCAAAUGGCUAUGUCUAUUCUCCGUCGCGAAGGGAGGCGUCUCCUCCCUUCGAUCUCCGCUCGCCCAAUCGCUCCCAUCCGAUCUCCUCUCGCUUCUGACCAGGAGGAGGGACUACUUGGAGUUCGAUCUAUCUCAACACAAGUCGUGCGUAACCGCAUGAAGAGUGUAAAGAACAUUCAGAAGAUCACAAAGGCCAUGAAGAUGGUUGCUGCUUCUAAGCUUAGAGCUGUUCAAGGCAGAGCUGAGAACUCCCGUGGACUUUGGCAGCCAUUUACCGCACUUCUUGGCGAUAAUCCCAGUAUUGACGUGAAGAAGAGUGUGGUGGUUACUCUCUCUUCUGACAAGGGUCUUUGUGGUGGAAUCAACUCCACUGUUGUUAAAGUGAGCAGAGCUCUUUACAAAUUGAAUGCUGGUCCUGAAAAGGAUGUGAAGUUUGUUAUUGUGGGAGAGAAAGCAAAGGCUAUAAUGUUUCGUGACUCAAAGAAUGACAUCUCUCUUACUGUAACAGAGCUGAAUAAGAAUCCACUCAACUAUGCUCAGGUCUCAGUUCUAGCUGAUGACAUCCUGAAGAACGUUGAAUUUGAUGCUUUGCGUAUUGUCUACAACAAGUUCCAUUCUGUUGUCGCAUUUUUACCAACUGUGGCCACUGUUUUGUCACCAGAGAUUAUUGAAAAGGAAUCUGAAGUUGGGGGCAAACUCGGUGAGCUUGACUCAUACGAGAUUGAAGGUGGUGAAACAAAGGGAGAGAUUCUGCAGAAUCUGGCUGAGUUCCAGUUCUCUUGUGUAAUGUUCAAUGCGGUGCUGGAGAAUGCAUGUAGUGAGAUGGGAGCUAGAAUGUCUGCAAUGGACAGCUCAAGCAGAAACGCAGGAGAAAUGCUUGACCGUCUCACCCUCACUUACAACAGGACUCGUCAAGCUUCUAUCACAACAGAGCUUAUCGAGAUUAUCUCUGGAGCUUCUGCACUUGAAGCCGCUAAAUAAGCACCAUCUUACUGUGCUUUGAUAUUUGUUGAGACCACCAGUCUUUGGUCAAAGAUUUUUUUUAUAAUAAGAUAUCCCUGUAAUUUUCCAGCAGGAUUACGAAUAAUUGCAUUCACAUUUUGUUCUGAUUCAAAAGCACCAUCACCGGUUUAAUAAUCUAGCUUUGAAACUCCUCAGAUUUCAAAGUUUUUGCACGAAUAAAUGUAAUCUUGUGCAUCAGUAAGGGGUCAUUCGACAAUAAUCAAGUAUGGUUUUAA